CGGGGCCUGACUUAAAAUUGAAAAAGAGCAGGCUAUGCUACUGCUCACAAUUUUUUCUGCGUCUGAUGCUUUUUUAGUGAAGAAUUGCUUAUUAAUACUUUGAAAAAUAAACUCCGAAAACACGGAAACCUAUUUACAACCCAAGCCUUUGUGAGCAUGAUUGAAUCUGAUCCAAUCCAAUCCAAUUCAGCAAAGAUGGACGGUCGCAGCAAGUCCGUGACGCAAAGAAACGUCGUUUACGUGAUCGUGAACAACAUUCCCAAAUCUUACCGCUCCGCCGACCUUCGGAAUUUCUUCUCCGAAUUUAUCGAGACAUCAGGAUUUGACUGCUUCCAUUUCCGCCACCGGCCGGAGGUUCAACUCAAGAAGGGAUCUGACCCGUCGGUGAUGGACGACGCAGCCGAUGCCUCCACCCGCACGGGCACGACCUGCUGCUGCAUCGCUCGUGUCGAGGAAGACCGCGUCGACCAGUGCCUCCGUAUGUACGACCGCAAGCACUGGGUCGGCCGGGACGGCCAGACUCUGCCGACGAAGUGCUUCGUACGGCGAGUGCGGGUCGUGACGGCCGCGUCGGACGCUUCCCAGCCGCGCUACGUGACCCGCGGUGAGCGGAGCGCGCCCCGGGAAGACCGGCAGGCGAUCUCGGCGUCCGACCUGAAGGACAUGAUCGAGCUGCGUCCGCCGCCGACGAUGCCCAGGGGCAACGUGGGCACGCCGACCAAGCACUUCCUGGGCCUUAUUCAGUCCUGCCGCCUGCCGCCGCGCCUCAUCAAGAAGCUGGGGCUAGAGUUCCCUCGAUCGAGGGCGCGGGGCCUCUACGGCAGCGUGCCUUUCGACUACGGCACGCGGGCGGAGUGGGGUGCCGCCGUCGAAGAGGACUUUGUGCGGACGGCCUCGGGUACUGUCAUCUCGAGGCGCGGCGCUCCCGCGCCUCGAGGUGGCGGGGAUACGGCGGCGUCGCGAGAGCGCCCCGCAGAAGACACCAGACGCGAAGACGAGGAGGCAGACGACCCCGACGACAACGAGAGCGACGAGGAGGGCGAGGAGUGGGAGCGGCACGAGGCACUCCAUGAGGACGUGACCUCCCAGGAGCGCACGCGGGAGCGGCUCUUCGAGGAAGAGCUGGAGGUGCAGUGGGAGAAGGGCGGCUCGGGACUGGUCUUCUACACGGACGCCCAGUUCUGGGACCAGGUCGAGGGGGACUUCGAUGCACAGACCGCAGACGACUGGGACCUUGACACCAGCGUCUACUACCGCCAAGGUGCUGGGGACAAGGACGCUCGAGACUAUGUGUCGAUGCUGCACAACCGGAGGCUUCGAGAGACAGAGGAACCCAUGGACGAUGAGAACCGGCUGGCUUCCUUUGAGCGGUACACCAAGGGCUUUGGCAGUCGCAUCCUGGAGGGCCAGGGCUGGUGCCAGGGCCAGGGAGUGGGCCGGGGAGGCAUCGCAGAACCCAUCGAGGACAGCAAGAGGCAUCCCUGGGACCGGUCGGGACUUGGCUUCCACGGAGAGGCCCUGGUGCGCCACGUGGGGAAGCGCAAGAGGCGGCGAGGGGGCGACCGGGCAUUCAUCUCGACUGUCUACGACCGAGACACGGAUCCCCCGGAGCCUCUGCUGCGGUCGCACGACUCCACCUUCGUGCGCUUCAGGAAGCCCUUCGUGAAGCCCUCAGCAGGCGACGACGGCCAGCGGACUAACGGCCAGAAAGUCAUAGAGGCUCACAAAUGACAAGCCGUUGCAGGAAUCUUUGGGGACCUUUCUGAAAGAAACUACGCCAGAGAGGAGGGAAGCCAUUUCAAUCUCCCCAGCAGAACAGGCUGUGAUUUCAAGUCAAGCCCUCAGAGACGACGACAGCCGCCGGACAGUCGGGCAGAAAGUCAUUGAGGCUCACAAAUGACGAGCCGUAGGGGGGGUUCUUUAUGGACCUUUCUGAAAAAAACUAAUUUCAAUCUUCUCCAACAGAACAGGCUGGUCAGAAUGUAGAGGCUCACAGAUCACAGUAUGCCAUGGCAUGGAUCCUUGCAGACCUUUCUGAAGCAACUCUGCCCGAGGGAGAGGAGUGUGUGCCAUUUCAAUCAUCCUCUGACCCGAGCAGAGCAGGCUGUGAUUUAAAUGGCAGCUGCCUGUGCGGGCACCACGUCGGACACUGGCUAUCAUCAUCAUCAUGAUAUUGGUUUUUAAAGGCAUUUUUAUACAGUGUGUGUCGACAAGAUGAAUGGGAUUGCAAUAUGUCCGUCUUGCUCGGACAGGUCAUGGGAUGCCGCAGUCGCACCACUGGCUCGGUCCGGUCAAUAAAAAAGUUCUUCGCUGUU